GGCCUCACCAAGUAAGCAGCCAUUGACUUGCCAGUUUCAUGCCUUCCACCACAAGUACAAGCUAGACGACAGCAGUCCUUUCAAUCAUCUCCCAUCGCAUGACAUACGAAAUCAAGAAAGUAUGGCAAGCGAUCCCGACCGCGGCCUAUCCGGCUGGGGCAUCUUCUUCCUCGUCGCUUUUGUCUUCAUCGUCAUAGGCGGUUGCGCAUGGAUAAUUUUCACACAAUACCGUGCCCGACGAUUGGGCCUUCCCGCUCCCUCUCUCAACCCCUUCACGCGCGGCCGACGACAACAAAACUCCUAUGUCGCACCCUCAGCAGCAGCCGGAGGCAUCGGUGGAUGGAUCAAGGAUAAGGUUGGCGCAUUGAAGAGCAGUGUCGGUGGUGGAAGAUCGUCAGGAGGAGCAUACGAGCCCAGCGGUGGUUAUGGAAGAGGUGGACACCGUGGGUUUGGCCCUCUGGAUCCUGACGAGGCUUGGGACUCGCGCGUCGGCAAUGAGGCAGACUACGGCGUCAACCGCGAUGGCUACUACGAAGAGCAUGACUUGGGCUCACCAGACAUGAACUCGGGACCCUACGGAGGACAUGGAUACGGCGGAGGUAGCGUUGGUGUCGGGGGCAUCGAAGAGACAAGAGGGCGUGCUGCCAGUCGUCAACGCGAACUCGACUCCAGAUACGAUGAGGAGAUGCACGGAACCAACCCAUUCGGCGACAAUACCGCUGAGCGCAGCAGCCUCAAGAACAACGGCUCACGCCCGACUGUCGACACCACUGUUGGAGCUUCUGUCCAGAAGCAGCCGCAUCACAAGAACCAACAAAGUCUUGGUGCUCAAUCUGCCGACUCACCCAGCGAGCGCCGCAGCAUCUUCCGCGAGGACAUGUAA